AUGGUGUGGAAUCAGUUCUGGCUGAGAACCCUGGAGAUCUGGCUGACCACCAGACUCCUGCGAAGUCCCAUCUUCCAUCAGAUGGUCGGUCGAGUCCAUCAGCGUGUGCAACAUAUCCGUCAUGGCAUUCCACCCGAACCAUCUCGGACGUCCCUGGAGAACAACGAAUCCAGUUUCAACAAGUUCAUAAAGUACUUCAAGGAGGAAAUCAAGGAUCAGGUGAAGGGAAACCCUCGGAACAAAUUGUGA